UCUUUGUCGUCCGGUUUCAGGGGAAGGAAGAUGGCGGUGACUGGUGGAACAGAUCUGUUUCGAGUACUGGUGCGAUUUUAAGCGACAAAAGCAGCGUGUGCUUAAUUUUAUCGCCUGAUUGAAUGUCUGAGGUAGUAGUAGCCAGUAAACCCAAAGCCGGGGCUUUGACCUGCGACUUAAGAUUUCCGGACUGAAGGUUGCUUCCUGGAGCUGUGUUUUGUGGUGUGACCUACCAGUCCCUAGGUAUCACAGUCUGACUUCUGACCCACAAGUUUUUCUGGCUCAUGGACUUGACUUCAGCAACAGGCUUCAAAAGGAGGCCUGGUGCCUCCUCUUCACCUGGUGGAGUUGAAGAGACUGCAAAGAGCCCUCCUUCCUAUUCACCUUCACUGUCUGCAUCGUCUCCUUCAAGUGAACUGUCUUCACCUCUGUCUACAUCCUCCUCUAUGUGUGCCAACUCAUCAAGUUAUCAAAACCAUGUAAAAAGUCAGUUCAAGGGAACAGAGGUGGCCAGGGUUUCCUCCACUUCUGCCUCUCUAGCUACGCAGUCUCUCUCUAAGCCUACGUCCAGUACCACCUCCUCAGGUUGUUUCCCUAACACUUUAAUGCAACAAAGUGUGGAUUGUGAAAAAGAGGAGAGGAAAAGGGUGAUGUACGAUCCUUUCAAUCCAAAUAAUGGAGAUAAAGAAGGGACAGAAAAGAAGGAGGUGGGAGAAGGUGAGAAAUAUGACCCUUUUGACCCCACUGGUUCCCCAGCAUCAGAUGUUGAUGAUGGGAGUGGCAAAGGGAGGGUAGUGAAGAGAAAUGCUGUGAGAGAAGAAAAGGGGGAGGAGCCUCCAGAUUCCACGGACACCUUGACUGACCUUCCAAGCCCCUGUCUGCCCACUCAGCUCCCUCUGAGGAGGAGGGUGGACUGUAGCACCAUGAAAGCUGGAGUGCAGAGUGCUGACUCUGAUAACUCUGAAAUAGAGGAGGGGGAGAUAGUUGGAGCUGCUGAAAGAGAUGGAAGCAAUAAGAGACCUGUGGAGGAAGUCCUCCCCCUGAGUUCUCCCAGCGUCUCCUUCUUUGGGUCAAAGCCAGAACGAAUCCUCAGAGUACUAGAUGGCGAUGGCUUUGUGUCUGUGUGCACAGAGGGCAGCUGGGAAGUAGACAGGGAGCUUAAGGAUGAGCCUGUGGUAGGAGUAGAGGAUCUGAGAAGGAAGCUGGUCAGCAGAAGGAAGGAACGAUAUCUCUCCUUUCCUGCUUCUUCACCCCUCUCUCCUAACCCACCACCACCACCACCACCACCUCCUUCUUCUCAUCGUCCAGUUUCUACAUCAUCUUCCCCUCUAACACCUCCUGAAGAUCAGGGCAGCAAGUGUCACAAAUCCUCCAAGAGUUCCAAGGGCAACAGCCGACAGAAAAGCAAAGAUAGGAAGGACGGCGAAAAGGAGAAUAGAAGAAAAAAGAGAAGGAAGGGCAAAGAAGGGGGUCAGGAGAGGAGCAAAAAAAAGGAGCAAGGGCAUAAGACUGGGAAGGAGGAUAAAGGAGGGAGGAGCAGUAGGAGCAGUAGUCGGAAGAGGAAGAAGAGAUGGCACAGCAGCCCAGAGACUUCACGAUCGUGUAAUUCUUUAGGAAGAGGGGGCCACACGAGAUGGUCAUUUUCAAGCCUGUCUGAAGAAAGGCACAAAGAGAGGGAAAGGAAUAAGGACAGAAACAGGGGCAGAAGUAGAGACAGAGAGAGAGACAGGGACAGAGAGAGAGCGACAGACAGAGAUAGAGGGAGGGAACACAGUCGCAUCAGUAGCCACAGAAACGAUGGAAGAGAUCAAGAUUUUAGCCCUAGAAAGAGGGAGAGGGAAAGGACGGGAAGACAUCAUUCAAGGAGUAGAGAGCGAGGCCUUUCAGAGAGGUCCAAAAGAAGCAGGGAAAAGAUUGAAGACAGCAGAGAUAGGCAACAUGAGAGGGACCGGCGAAGGGACGGUCGUCCUGUUGUUCCUCCAUCCAUCCAAGAUCUCAGUGGGUCCGACCUCUUCGCUAUCAAGCGAACCAUUACAGUCACAACCACCACAACAACCACUACCGUUCCCGGCUCCCCAAGACUCACCCCACCCUCUCCUUGUAGGGCUGCAAAGGACGCUGACAAGCCCCGAAAAAAGAAGAGAAAAUGGCACUCAGCUGGAGAGGCAGAGGACCAAGGAAGUUGUCAGAGCCGAUCACAGUCACGCUCUCCACCGAGGUAUCACAGCUAUGAGUCAGACCGCUAUUCAGACAAAUUGGAGAUCGAUGUGUUAUCUUUGGAUGGCGAAGCUUUGGACUCAGACUACCCAUCUUUAGAGGAUACGCCUCCUGCUACGCUCCCUCCAGAACCUCCUGUCCCCAGCCCCAAAACUAAAACUACCCCAAAGACUGGACAUCAACCAAAAAAGAAAUCUCGCACAUUAAAGAAAAUUGGCCAGUCUGAGUCUUUGUCCUCUGCCAGUACAACCAAAAGCAAAUGCCUCUCAUCACUGAUGGUCACUUCAGGAUCUGCCCCUGUUUCACCUGGGUUCCCCUCAACAAAGCGGACCAGGAAAAUAAGAAAAGACAAAGACAGAGACAAAGAGAGCAGAAAGGAUAUGAGCCGCUCUGGGAAGUCCAAGAAAGCGAGUGGUGGCCGGAAAGGUAAGCUUCAGUCAAAAGUGUCUGUUCUGGUGCGUGAAGGUGUGAGUAGCACUACAGGAGCUUCAGUUGGCUCUGGAAAACUGAGCAUGGACCUUCUAGGGCCCGGAGGCACAGGAGGGAGUGCUGGGGGGUCGGUGGUAGGCGGCUCAAUUGCCGUAGUCUUCUGCAGGGACAAUGAAAGCAGGUCACCGUUUCUGAAACCCUGCUCAGAACCGCUGUCACUGGGUGGGCGCAGUAAAGACCUAGCCAGUAUGGGAAAACGCAGUCUAACUGCACCACCAUCAUCCUUAGCCAGUCCUGCAGGACUGAAAUCCAAGAAAGCAAAACCCAGCUCCAUUACAUCCACCUCCUCCUCAGCUUCCUCCCCUUCAUCUUCUCUGAUAUCCAAGCGCCGCCGCCGCCUGGCCAAGAAGACAAGAGAAAAGGCUAAAGCAGUAGGGCUGACUGCUGGAGGUGGCAGCCAAACUAAAGCAAUGUCCGAAGCCUGGGGCGGGAGUAUCUCCUUAGACGUUCAGUCAGGUGUUGGAGAUGUGAGCAAGUCUGUCAGUCCACAUACUGGCCAAGCUGGCCCUACACCCUGCUCUUCCUCCUCUUCCACAUCUUCUUCCACCAGUGUGCUCCCACCAUCCUCAUCACCACCUCACACCCCUCCAGCAUCUAUCGCUCCAUUGCGGGACACCAGGGACUCUUCGCCAGACUCUCAAACUGUGGACAGCAGCUGUAAGACUCCAGAUGCUUCUUUCUUAGCUGAGGACUGUCCAACUCAGACUAGUCCCACUCUGCCAGCAUCCAGUCCUUCCAACCUGUCCACCUCCCAAGGAGCGGUUCUGAGCAACGCUCCAUCCACGGCCAAGCUCCCAAAUCCAGAUGACGCACCAAAAUCUCUGGGCUCACCUCCUUCCUCGUCCUCAUCAGCCCUCUGUGGUCUCCCUUCUAUGUCUCUGCCUCUGUCUUCUUCUGACCCAUCCUCUUCUGUGUCCUCCUCAUCUGCCGGUAAGCCGCCCCCUCCUCCUCCCCCUCCGGCAGCACCUGCGCUUCCUUGGAGUCUGCAGACUGGGGUGGACUGCACAACCGGCGGUGUCUUAGCAUUGACUGCUCUGCUCUUCAAAAUGGAGGAGGCCAACAUCGCCAGCAGAGCGAAAGCACAAGAAUUUAUUCAAGCAACCAGCCAGAUACUCUCACAGGCCAAUCAGAACCAGUCCCAGCAGCACGCUCCUCCUCCUUCAGCCUCCUCCUCCUCAUCCUCACAGAUUCCUCCCCCUCCCGCUCUCCCUCCACCUGCUGGUCUAAGCCCAGCUCAGUUCAUUCUACACGGCUCCCUCCCAUUAGUUAGCUGCACUAAAACUCCACCUUCACACCUACACCCUUCAAUGGGAGGUGGAUGUGCACAGACUCCACCCUCCAUCGUACCUGUGGGGAUGACAGGAGUGACUGGGAGUUCUAGUGACACUGGAUGGGACAACGAGAGCAAAGACCCUGAUAAGUACCUGAAGAAGCUGCAUACGCAGGAGCGAGCAGUAGAGGAGGUGAAGCUUGCCAUCAAACCCUACUAUCAACGCAAAGACAUCAACAAGGAAGAAUACAAAGACAUCCUUAGGAAAGCAGUGCAUAAGAUCUGCCACAGCCGCACCGGAGAAAUCAAUCCAGUCAAAGUCAGCAACCUCAUAAAGCUGUAUGUUCAGCGCUACAAAUACUUCCGGAAACACGGCCGCAAAAUGGACGAGGAUGAACGGGAUGACAGGGAGCCGGGAGCGCUGCAUUCCUCUGCCUGAUAGGCCGCUGUUUUUUUAACAGAUGUUUCACCCUUUCCACCUUCUGCUCAACACUAGAGCCAUUCACUGAUUGACAUUGUCUGAUUUUAGUUUCCUUGUCUAUACUUUUAUGUUAUCUUGUACAAGUUUCUAUCCUCAUCUCUGAAAUCGCGCUGUAAAUAUGCCUUUCAAAAUGUAUCAUGAACACAAGGUUCAGUUAGUAGAUCCUGUCGUAGACACUUGUGUGAGCUAAUACAGCUCCGUAUUCAGCCCUGCAAUAAAUACUACCUUUGUGAAGGUUACAGUUCUUAGUUGAUUGAGUUUGUUAGAAGUUUUACAAUAGUGGUGCUAAUGACAGGAUUUUUCCCCCAAUAGCACUGAAUUAAAUGUUCAUAAUGACGCUCUACCCAACCUCUCCUUUGUAUCAAAAUUGAAGUUGAGGGGAGAUGCACACCAAAAUGUGCUGUACAAUACUAAAUAACACUACUCCAUCUCCCCUGUUUUCACGUCUGUGUCUUUGCAGGCAGUAUGUAUGCUGAGACUGUCAGUAAGUCUCACUUCUUUUGUGUAUUCUGUGCAUGUGUUACUGAGAUCAAGGGUUACUCAAUUUAUAAAAUGACUUGACCAACAUAAUAUAAAUGUUGCUUGAACACU